AUGGACAAGGGCAAGCUCAUCGAGCUGCUGGAGGCCAGCCAGAUCCCCGACACCCAGAGUGUCAAGGCGGUCACCGCUGAGCUCCAGAAGAACUAUCUCUCCAAGCCUGACUCGCUCCUGCUCUUGAUCGAUAUCGCCCUCACCCACGAUAACGGAGGUAUCCGUCAGCUCGCCGCCGUCCAGGCGGUCCGCAUCAGCGAGAAGCAUUGGCCCAAGGUCAAUGCUAGCCAGAAGGGCCUUGCUAAGAAGCAUGUCCUUGACGGCAUCGUCAAGGAGCCUAAUGCGAGCGCACGCCGCUCUCUCUCGCGCCUGCUUGCCAACGUCAUCACUCUCGAUCUCGAGAACAACGAGGGAGAGGAUGUCGUGCGCGACAUCAUCGCCCUGAACACCAAGGAUGAUGCCCCCUCCCGAGAGAUUGGCUCCUUCCUUGUUUACUGUCUUUUGGACACUGACCCUCUCCGUUUCACCGACCACAUCUCUCAGCUCUUCCAGCUCUUCAGCCAGACCAUCAACGAUCCUCAAAGCAAGGAUGUCUGCGUCAACACCAUCAGGUCCCUUGGCGCUCUUCUCAUCGUCAUCGAGCCCGAUGAGGAUGAGGCUUCCGUCGAGGCCAUCCAGGCUCUCUUCCCUCCAUGGUCCUUCAGUCCUUCCUCGCCUAUGACCCUCUCCAUGCUGAACAAGCACCUCAAGGACCUUGUUGAGUUCAUGAUGGAGAUUGCCGCCAACACCGAUAUUGAGGAGGAUGCCCGUUGCCAGGCCAUCGCCUUCCUCAGCCAAUGCGUGCACGCGCGCCGCAUGAAGAUCCAGGGCAUGAAGGAUAUUGGUGCCAAGCUCAUGACUACCAGUCUGAGGAUCGUCACCGAGGUGGAUGACGAGCUCAUCGACGACGACAUGGACGAGCUCACGCCCGUCAAAACCGCCCUCGCUCUCAUUGAUCAGCUCUCCACCGAUCUCCCUCCCCGUCAGGUCGUCAACCCUCUCCUUGACGACUUCCCUACCCUUGCUGCCCACCAGAACCCUGGGUUCAGGAAGGCUGCCAUCCUGGCUCUUGGCACCGCUGCUGAGGGUGCUCCUGACUUCAUCUCCACCCAACUCGCUCCCCUCCUCCCUGCCAUUGUUUCGCUCUUGAACGACGCCGAUGAGGGUCUUGGCGAGAUCUUCGAGGCUCUCCUCAAGAAUCUCCAGGCCGCCAGCCAGGAUGGUGGCAAGAGGAGCGUCAGCGUCGUUCGUGCCGUCUGCGGCGCUCUCAACGCCCUCGGCGUCGGCACUCUCGACAAGGAGGUGACCAAGACGUACGCUCAGAAGCUCCUCGCCCCUCUCGGCCAGCUUCUGACCCACGAGAACCUUACCGUCAAGGCCGCUGCUGCAGGUGCCAUCGGUGCCAUCGCCGCUUCUCUCGGCGAGGGCUUCACUCCUUACUUCAAGGACGUUCUUGCUGCCCUUGGCCAGUACGUCCACCUCACCGAGGGCGAAGAAGCUCUGUCUCUUCGCUCGGCCGUGUGCGACUCCAUGGGAUCCAUCGCCCAUGCCGUCGGCCCCGAGGCUUUCCAGCCCUACGUCAUUGACUUGAUGAAGGCCAGCGAGGAAGCUCUCAGCAUUGACAACGCCCGCCUCAAGGAGACCAGCUUCCUCCUCUGGGGUGAGCUGGCCAAGAUCUACGGCUCCCAGUUUGAUGCCUUCCUCCCCGGUGUCUUCAAGGGGCUUCUUACCACCCUCGAGAUCGAGGAGGAGGAGAUCUCGCUAGACGGAAUCGUCGAGGGCGCCUCUGAGGGCGAUGUCCUUGUUGUCGAUGGCAAGAAGCUCAAGCUAAAGAGGGGCGACGAUGACUCGUCCGACGACGACAACAUUGUGGACAUGGACGACGAUGACGCGUGGGGUGAUAUUGACGACUUCACUGGCGCUACCGCCAUUGCCCUCCAGCAGGAAGUUGCCAUCGAGGUCCUCGGUGAUGUCAUCUCUGAGUCGUGCAGCCUCGAUGACAUCAAGACUUACCUCGAGCCCACCCUCGAGAAGCUCAUGCCCUUCACUGACCACUCCUUUGAGGGCUGCCGAAAGUCUACUCUAUCUACGCUCUGGAGGACUUAUACCCGCGUCUGGAAGCUCCUAGAGAAGCAGCCCUGGAAGCCCGGCUUCCCCAAGGAUAACCCCAUGCCCGACCCGGCUCUUGCCCACAUUGCCAAGCUCGUUUGCCAGGCUACCCUCUCUUGCUGGGCUGACGAGGGCGAACGAUCUGUUGUAACGGCCAUUAACCAGUACUCGGCCGAGACUCUCAAGACCUGCGGUCCCGCUAUUCUUGCGGUCGAGGGUCUCGAGACCCAAAUGGUCACCGUCCUCGCCUCCCUCCUGACCCGCUCCCAUCCUUGCCAGCAAGACUUUGGUGAUGAGGAGGACCAGUCCAUCGAGGGUGGCACGUCGGAGUUUGACUGGCUCGUCAUCGACACCGCGAUGGACGUUGUCAUUGGCAUGGCGACCGCGAUGGGUCCCACCUUUAUCGAACACUGGAAGAUCUUCCAGAAGCCUAUUGUCAAGUUCGCCAGCUCCCAGGAAGAUCUUGAGAGGUCCACCGCGACGGGCACCCUCGCCGAGAUCCUCCUUCGCCGCCUCUCUGACAACGACCCCCUUACCAAGUCGAACGCUGCGUUUGCCAUCGGACAGCUCAUUAUCAGCUCUGAAGAUAACAACGUUCUGGGGCUGUAUGAGCAGGUUGUCACCAAGCUUGAGCCUGCCCUCGCCAUUACCGACUUGCGCAUGCAGGAUAACAUUUGCGGCUGCUUCUCCCGCAUGAUGAUGCGCAACCCUGAGCCGGCCGUCAUUGCCAAGCUUCUUCCCGAGGUUGUCAACAUUCUUCCCCUCAAGGAGGACUAUGAAGAGAAUGCCCCCAUCUAUCAGUGCAUCUUCCAACUCUAUGACGCCUCCAACCCCACUGUCCAGGAGCUGACUCCUCGCCUCGUCCCCGUUUUCAAGGCUGUUCUCGGCGAGCCUGAGGACCAGCUUGAUGACGAGACUCGGGAGAAGGUCAAGAAGAUUGCGCAACUCAUCCACCAGGCUCGACCGGAAUUGUUCCAAUGA